CGCGCGGAUUGGGGAUAAAGCGGGGUUGGGGAUUGGGAUUAGGCUUAGCUCCUCUUUCGCUUUAGCCGCAGCUGCUUCGCUCUGCUUUCUCCGUAGGGUUUAUCCCUUUGCUUCUCCUCGUCUCCCUCCCCCUCGCACGCAAAGGCACAAAGCCCGGAUUCCACCGCCGGAGCCGACCCGCUUCGAGGCGAAUCGAGAGUUAGCUUUCCAGCCAGCAAUCGAGGAUGUCGUCGGUGCAGCUCUCCGGUGCCGGAGUCGCCGCGGUGGCCUUCACCAAGAAUGGCGCGUCUUCCUUCGACGGGCUCCGCCUCGCGCCGCCAUCUGUGCGAGUCUGCUCCUCCAGGCGCCCGUCUCGUAGCCUCGUCGUCAAGGCCGCCACGGUCGUCACCCCAAAGUAUACCUCGCUCAAGCCUCUGGGAGACAGAGUGCUUGUGAAGCUUGGUGCUGCAGAGGAGAAGACUGUUGGUGGGAUUCUGCUUCCGUCAACCGCACAGUCUAAGCCUCAGGGAGGUGAGGUUGUUGCUGUUGGAGAGGGAAGAACUAUUGGGGAUAAGAAAGUUGAGGUCAGCUUGCAGAUUGGGGCUGAAGUUGUAUAUUCAAAAUAUGCUGGGACUGAGGUGCAAUUUAACGACACCAAACAUCUUAUUCUAAAAGAGGAUGAUAUCAUUGGUGUUCUUGAGACUGAUGAUGUCAAAGAUAUGAAGCCCCUUAAUGACCGGGUUCUCAUCAAGGUUGCUGAGGCUGAAGACAAAACUGCUGGUGGCCUUAUUCUCACUGAAACCACUAAGGAGAAGCCAUCAAUCGGAACAGUUGUAGCCGUUGGUCCAGGCCCUCUUGAUGAUGAAGGCAAGAGGCAGCCAUUGUCAGUUUCAGCGGGCAGCACUGUGAUGUACUCCAAGUACGCAGGCAGUGAGUUCAAGGGAGCUGAUGGCACCAACUACAUUGUCUUGAGAGUAUCAGAUGUGAUGGCUGUCCUAUCUUGAGCUGUGAUUUGUUUCAAUUUUGAGUUCAGAAUAGACGGUAGCAGGUGGUAAUGGUUGCCAUGUGGUGAUCUUCACUCUGCGGAGAUGCUGUCUUUGAUAAUCCUAGAAUUCGAACGCAACAAUUUGCAGAUCUCCUACGGGAUCAACAUUCCACUGUGACUGAUUUUUAUUUAUAAAAGUUUGUUUUGUUUCAAGGCCUUC